UGCAGCCAAAACAAAUGAACACUUUAUUUACAAUAAAUCUUUCAAUGCAAACAACUUUACUUUCGUCCACAGGAAAGCAGAUUUGAAGCUAUUGCUGAGCAGAACACUGGAUUCCAUCACUUUGUCUCUGUCUAUCUCGAUACGAUAAGGUAAUUGACAGUACCUACUAGAAUAGUCUUUAAUCACAAUAUUUGUUGCGUGAUGGGACAUGAUAUUACAGUCGCCAACUUCUAUAAUUCAGUCCCAAUUCUAGAUCCUAAUUCUUGUAAAGCAGGUUAUAUGUUGUGGGACACCAUUUCUAGACUUCAAGCUGUGAAAAAGGGGAAUUGCAGUGAUACCAAGGAAGGUGAUACGACCAAGUGUGUAGACAAACUAUCCUUUAGGAAUCUAGCUCCCUGGUUGGAAAACAAGAAGGCAACUAUCAGUGAGAGAUUCAGUCAAACAUCCAUGUAUUUGCAUUUAGCCAGUUCAAUUAUUGCAGUAACGUUUUCAAGACAAGUUGUCCCAGUCUUGUUUACAAACUUUGUCCACCAAGACGGACUGAGUUCCAGAAUUAAUUUGGUAGAUAUAGUAGGAGUACCCCAAAUUGUGCUCUUACGCAAGCACAUACUUGUAAUUACCUACUUAAGCAAUAUCCUGACCAGUCAUGGUGCCAAUCAAAUUCUUCUCAAAUAAAGUAUGCCGGACUUGUAUUGGUUUAACAACCGGAAAUUAUUGGUCUCUUUAACUAUUGAACGACCACGAAAAAAAAUGUCAAACAACG